AUGUACGGAUACGUCCCAUACCUUAGCGAUUCAAAGUAUACAUGCAUACGGAUACUUGGAAAUAUAUACAUACCUAGACAGGAGGUGAACAUCAUCCCAUACAUAGAUCCAUACCUUACUCGGAACGGAUACCUUACGGGCAUCCUGUUACUCGCCUGUUCCUUGCCUUCCCGUCCCCUACCGGCGUCGACUGCCUCAUGCAGUAUCACUCGCCUUUUAGCACUCUACCUGUCCGACUACGCUAAAAAUCGCAUCGUCCUCGUAAGAAUCUCGAUCCGCGCUCCACGCGCCUGUUGCUUACCCGUGUCUCGUGAACACAGGUAA